UACACGAUAUACCGUGAUGGUUAAUAACGAAAAUGCAAAUAGCGCUGUUCAGCAGGUCAUUUGGAUCGGCAGCCACAACCGAGACGCAUCCGUCAAGAGUUUGGAGCACAGAAACGUGUACUUUUACAAGAAGUGUGUGUAUGGACCACUUACGCUGACUGUGGGCGACUACAUAUUGGUGGCCAACGCGGAUGCAGCAGAGCCCGACACCGUGGAGGGCUGUGACAUCGCCAAGAUCCUAUAUCUCUACGAGCUGCGGGAAAUGACCGUCAAGGAACCCUGUCGUGCUAUAGUCCAGUGGUACUCACGCCCGCAGGCCAUACCGCAUAAGUAUUUCGAUGUGGACGGCUUGGCCUUAGAUUUUGACAUUGAAGUUAUAGAGGAGCAUCGACUAUACGACAACGACGUGGCAUUGGGCUCCAUUUUUCGCAAGUGUCUUGUGCUGGAAGGCAGUUCCCAGCAAACUGCCCAGCAGAUAAUUAAAGAGCACAAAGUACCCAAUAACUGUCCAAUGUUCGUAUCGCGCUACAAAUUCUUAAAGGUAAGAAACGCGUAUCGCCUUAUUCCCCUCGAGAUUCAGCUCGAUGGAACGGAUUCGGCACGCAAGAGACGCUCCACCCGAGAUGCCAGUGCGGGCUCUGCGCGCAAAUCCAUCUCGCGCAGACGCGUCUCCACAGCUGCAGACAGUGCAGCUCCAGUGGAGUUCGUUGAUGUCAACUAUUUCAAUUGCGAGAACAAGGUGUCGCCCAUCAAAAUUGUGGGUGGCCGCAGCGUGGUACGCCUAUCCGAGAAAAAGAAGAGCCUGAGCGCAGUGGCUUCAGCCGACGGUGUCGAGCCCGAGAUCAAUGCCAACUAUCUAACGGCCUCACCAUUGACCGAAAAGAAUCCCAAAGUUGCAACACCAAAGUCGCGCGCUUCAGCCGCCCGUCGCAAUCUGAACUUAAGUCUGGACAAGGGCGCCGACAGCACGGCUGAUUCGGAUUGCUUGAACUAUUCGAUUGUGCAGCAGACGCCAGAUCCCAAGACGCCCUCAAAUGACAUGAAGAUUAAGUUGCGCAUCUCCGAGCGCCGGAAAUCGGUGCGUCUCGAAUCGUUGGACGAUAAUAUAAUUGCUGAUCCCUUGGUAGUGGCCGCUGACUACAUCAGCGACACGCCAAGCAGCAAACAGCGACGCAAGCGUUUGGGCGUCAGCAGUGGCGAUAUCUAUCAUACGCCCACGAAGAAGUCCAAGGAGCUGCUCGAGUCUGCGGGCACAGAACUGACACCCUCUACGCGCCGCAAAAGCAUUCUCAAGUCUGCCACCACACGCUUGGCCGAGGGCACGCCCAGACGCAGCAUUCAGCUGUCCAAUAUUGUGGAGCAGCGCAUAUUUAAAGACAACGAGAUCAUCUCCACACCCAAGAGAAGUCGCCCCAAGCUAACGGAUGAGGCGGCCGAUGCGGAUUACGUGCCCAAAAUGUCAAGCCAAAAGACACCGACGCGCCCGCGGCGCAUGAGCACCACGGGCACCGCAAAGCAACCGUCAGCUACAAAACUCAAGGAGAGUGCUCCACUGACGCCAUCGCAGAAGCUGAAGAAGAUACGAGCCGGCGAGCUGAGUCCCAGCCUGGAGCAGCGUCAUCAGCUCGUGGACGAGCGACACAAGUCGCAGCUGCAGCUGGCUCGCGAACAGCUGCAUGUCUCGGUGGUGCCCAAGAGCUUGCCCUGUCGCGAAAAGGAGUUUGACAAUAUCUACAGCUUUCUGGAAGGCAAAAUUCAGGAUCAGUGCGGUGGUUGUAUGUACGUUUCGGGCGUGCCGGGCACCGGGAAAACGGCGACGGUCACUGGCGUCAUUCGCAGGCUCCAGCGCCUGGUUGCCCAGGAUAAGUUGCCUUCUUUUGACUUUUUGGAGAUUAACGGCAUGCGCCUGACCGAGCCGCGUCAGGCCUACGUGCAGAUCUACAAGCAGCUGACGGGCAAAACCGUAUCCUGGGAGCAUGCACACUCGCUGCUCGAGAAGCGUUUUACAACGGCGGCCCCGCGUCGCGUGACCACGGUGCUGCUGGUGGACGAGUUGGACAUACUGUGCAAUCGACGUCAGGAUGUCGUUUAUAAUCUGCUCGACUGGCCGACAAAAUCGGCGGCCAGGCUCGUGGUGGUCACCAUAGCCAACACAAUGGAUCUGCCCGAGCGUGUGCUGAUGGGCAAGGUAACGUCACGUCUGGGACUCACGCGUCUCACUUUCCAGCCUUACACACAUAAGCAACUGCAGGAAAUUGUCACCGCGCGUCUGGCCGGCUCCGAGGCAUUCAAGGGCGAGGCUGUGCAGCUGGUGGCCCGUAAAGUAGCCGCCGUCUCUGGAGAUGCUCGUCGUGCCCUCGACAUUUGUCGUCGUGCGACGGAAAUUGCCGACAGCGUCGAGUCUCAGCCAGGAGGUGCAGCCAAGUGUGUGACUAUGCUGCAUGUGCAGCAGGCGCUGGCCGAGAUGAUCGCCAGUGCAAAGGUGCAGGCUAUCAAGAACUGUUCGCGACUGGAGCAGAUAUUUCUGCAAGCCGUUGCAGCGGAGGUGACACGCACCGGCGUCGAGGAGACAACGUUUAUGGGCGUUUACACGCAGAUCGAGACAAUUGCUGCAUUUAUCGGCGUGGCGCUGCCAGCGCCGGGACGCGCUCUACAUCUAUGCUCCAAACUGGGCGCCGAGCGUCUCAUCAUCUCCGAGCACUCGCGCCAUGAUCUUUACCAGAAGAUUCUGCUCAACGUUAGCGCCGAUGACAUACACUAUGCGCUUCGUGUGGAGAGCAAUUAGAGUUUAGGU